AUCAUAAUCCCCACUGACAGAUAAAAAAAACAAAUCCGCGACACACGGAGAAGAUAAAAAUGCCUAUCAACACGAAUUAUUUGGAGAAGUUCCUUCGCGAGAGCACGUGCGCCGGUGCAUCCACGCUGUCCACCACCAGGAACAUGGUCUUCGAUUACCCAGCAGCGCGACGAGACGAGAGCGUCGUCGAUGACUACCACGGCACAAAGAUAAAAGACCCAUACCGCUGGCUGGAGGACCCCGACUCAAACGAAACCAAAGAGUUCAUAGAAGCAGAGAACAAAAUCACCAGGCCUUAUCUGGACGCGUGCCCGGUGAAGGGCGAGGUCCACGAGAGGCUCACGGAGUUAUGGAACUACCCGAAAUACUCGAGCCCGUUCCGCAGGGGCGACCGGUACUUCUUCUUCAAAAACACCGGCCUCCAGAAUCAGAACGUGCUAUACGUGCAAGAUAGUCUGGACGGCGAGCCGCGCGUGUUCCUCGACCCCAACACGCUAUCCGAGGACGGCACCAUCGCUCUCUCGGGCAGCAGGUUCACUGAAGAUGGCUCCACGUUCGCGUACGGCCUCUCCGUCAGCGGGUCCGAUUGGAUCACCAUACAUUUGAAGGACGUUGCUACGGGUGAAGACUACCCAGAGGUGCUAGAGAAAGUCAAAUUCGCCUCCAUGUCGUGGACGAAGGACAACAAAGGUCUAUUUUACUCGAGGUAUCCAGAACAGACGGGCAAGACGGACGGCUCGGAGACUGAAGUGAACCGCGACCAGAAACUCUGCUACCACCGGCUCAACACGCCGCAGUCGGAGGACGUCAUCGUCGUGGAGUUCCCUGAAGAACCUCUGUGGAGGAUCGGCGCGGAGGUGACGGACUGCGGGCGGUACCUGAUCGUGUCGCCGGUGCGGGACUGCCGCGACAACCUGCUGUUCUACGCGGACCUCAGCAAGCACCCCAACAUCGACGGCCUGCUGCCGCUCACGCAGAUCGUGCACAAGUUCGAGGCCGAUUAUGAGUACGUCACAAAUGAAGGCUCAGUGUGCAUAUUCCGCACGAACAGAAACGCUCCCAACUACAGACUGAUCAAGAUAGACCUGCACAAUCCCGCGGAAGAGAAUUGGGAGACUCUUAUACCGGAACACCAAAGUGACGUGCUGGACUGGGCGUCGGCUGUCGACCACGAUAAAUUAGUGAUACAUUACAUUAGAGAUGUUAAGAGCGUGUUACAACUGCAUAGCAUGAAGACCGGCGAAUUGCUGCAGUCGUUCCACUUGGACGUGGGCUCGGUGGUCGGCUUCUCCGGCAAGAAGGACCAGACGGAGAUAUUCUACCACUUCAUGUCGUUCCUCACGCCCGGCGUCAUAUACCACGUCGACUUCACCAAACAACCUUACUCUCCUACGAUAUUCAGAGAGGUGAAAGUGAAGGAUUUCGACGCAUCACAAUACGAGGCUAAACAAGUUUUCUACUCAAGCAAAGAUGGCACCAAAGUUCCUAUGUUUAUUGUAUCUAAAAAGGAUCUGCCCGGGACGGUCGAACCCGGCGCUGAUCUACGGCUAUGGAGGGUUCAACAUCAACAUCCAGCCGAGCUUCAGCGUCACGCGGCUCGUGUUCAUGCAACACUACAAUGGAAUUAUCGCCAUACCCAACAUCAGAGGCGGCGGUGAGUACGGCGAGCGGUGGCACAACGGCGGCCGGCUGCUCAA